CCAGUGCGCGCCAGUCCCGUGCCCAGUGUUGUGCGACGGAGUUAUGCACGCGCUCGCUCUCGUCAGCCUGCCAGGCAUCCUGAGUACACACACGAAGCCGCUGCCCGGCGUGGCGCGACCAACCGUGGACGCAGCGCACACGCCGAUCAGCCUUGCCGAUAGCGUCGACCGCCGCACAGCGAUCGGAAUCGGCGCCGUGACGGCGGGCGCAGCGGCUGCGCCCGCCUCGGCAGCGGACGGCAAUACCCUCACUCUCUCCGUGGCGCUCUCGGACAGCGACGUGAAGAGUGUGGUCAUCGAGCUGAAGCCGGAGUGGGCGCCGAUCGGCGUGGAGCGGUUCAAGUCCCUCGUGCGGGAGGGCUUUUAUGACGACGCGCGCUUCUUCCGCGUCGUUCCCGGCUUCAUCUGCCAGUUUGGGCUUCGCCGGAGACCCGGCGCUGAACGCAAAGUACCGCAACGCGCGCAUUGCAGACGACCCGGUCAAGGAGGUCAACUCUCGCGGCACGCUCGUCUUUGCGACCUCCGGCCCGAACACGCGCACCAGCCAGAUGUUCAUCAACUACAAGGUCGACCUCCUCCUCGACCAAGCACCGGCGGAGCGCGGCGUCUGUUCACACGUCUGCGCUGUGAACAGGACAACCUCUUCCUCGACAAGCAAGGCUUCGCGCCCAUCGGGGAGGUGGUGCAGGGCUUCGACGUGGCGCAGGCGGUCUACUCUGGGUACGGCGAGGCGCCCUCCCAGCCGCGCAUCCAAAAGGAGGGGAACGCCUACCUGAAGGAGGCCUUCCCGAAGCUGUCUUACAUCAAGGCGGCGUCGCUCUCGUGA